AACCGAUUGCGAUAUAUAUUAAAAAACACACCGCGUUAAAUGACUCUUCCUUGUCCUUUCUGCUUCUUCUCUGGCUUGGCUCCUUCUUAGCCGGCCUGAUAACCCAAUUUACAGAGCAAGGAUCUCUCUUUAGUCUCUUGCUUUUUCAUUUUGGAUUCAGUCCAGUUUUCUGUUUGAAUUGUAUGUUACUGUUUGAUAAUUUUCGUCUUUGUUGCUGCACAUCUGGUCACCGACAAACAUUGCCUUUCAUCUUGAAGAGUAGGUGAAUUCUUGCUCUUUUUGAUUUUUAACGAGGUGGGUCGAUCUGAUUUGGGUGUAGAUUGGUGAGUUUAAUUUGUUUUUGUGAUUUGGAUUGGUUAACAUCGGUGGGUUCGUUUAGAAGAUUGAGGUUGAUUCAAAUUUUUCUGGGUUUUAUCUGAAAUGGUCUAUUUCCAUAGUUCAAUCUCGGUCUGCAACUCCGUCGACCAAUCAGCAACAGCAGUCAUGGCAAAUUCUGUGAAUUCUAAUGAGUUGCAUCCAAAAUCAGCAAGGCACAAUAAUCAUGUGCAUAAGAAUAGGAAGACAAAUAAUAAUAAUUUGAAUUGUUCUAAUAUCCCUGUUUGUGAUCGAUCUCGAUCAGCUAUUGUUGAUGUUGUGAUAUUGAUUGCUGUUAUUUGUGCUUGUGGGUUCUUGUUAUUUCCUUAUUGCAAGAUUGCAAUUGUCUGUUUGAUUGAAUUUGCCGGUGCCAUUCAUUAUGUGGUCAAAGAAGAGGUUAUGGGAAAUCCAAUGAUAUAUGCAUCCAUAGGGAUUAGUACCUUUUUUGCUGCAAUAGCUGUGUGGAUAGUACUUAUAUGUACAGCUAGGAAAUGUGGGAAUCCAAAUUGCAAGGGCCUAAGAAAGGCAGCUGAAUUUGAUAUUCAGCUGGAGACAGAGGAGUGUGUGAAGAAUUCUAAUGGUACUUUGGUUAAAGACGGAGUUAAGAGGGGGCUAUUUGAAUUGCCUCGUGAUCACCAUCGUGAAUUGGAGGCUGAACUGAAGAAAAUGGCACCACCUAAUGGGAGAGCAGUUCUGGUUUUUCGAGCAAGGUGUGGAUGUUCUGUUGGGAGAUUGGAAGUUCCGGGACCAAAGAAGCAGAAGAAGAUCAAGAAGUAGGAGUUGUUUUAUUUCUUAAUUUUGUAGGAGGGAUAUAACCAAUACAGGGGUAGAAUCAUAAGGGAGAGAGGAGUGUCUUCUCCUAUCGUUCUUCUCAGGAGCUACUUUGUCCUUAAAUAAGCUCAUGCCAAUAAUUUGUAAGGGAUUAUAUACACAUUUGGUUAUAGUGGAGAAUAUAAGAAUCCUUUCUUUCAUUAACUUUGUUUGGAUAUUAUAUAUUAAUCGUUUCUUUCAAUUACA